GGCCGGGGGAAGGGGGGCGGAGUUGGUGAAUAGGGAAGUGGCGCAGGUCGCAGAGAUCGCUCCGCCGAGUGAGCUCACCCGCCCGGCCGUCCGUCUCCGUCGCCGCCGCCCCCCGCCCCGGCCCCGUCCGCCCCCCCCCUCCCCCGCUCCCCUCAGCCCAGCCUGGCCCGGUCCCUGGGAGGAUGAAGUUCGUUUACAAGGAGGAGCACCCGUUCGAGAAGCGCCGCUCUGAAGGCGAGAAGAUCCGCAAGAAGUAUCCCGACCGGGUCCCGGUGAUUGUGGAGAAGGCUCCUAAGGCCCGGAUAGGUGACCUGGACAAGAAGAAAUACCUGGUGCCUUCUGAUCUCACAGUCGGUCAGUUCUACUUCUUGAUCCGGAAGCGAAUUCACCUCCGAGCUGAGGACGCCCUAUUUUUCUUUGUCAACAAUGUCAUUCCACCCACCAGUGCCACCAUGGGUCAGCUUUACCAGGAACAUCAUGAAGAAGACUUCUUUCUGUACAUUGCCUACAGCGACGAAAGUGUCUAUGGUCUGUGAAGCUGCCUGCCACCCCUGGGGGGGGGGGCCCUUCUCUAACAAGAGUAAGGGUUCCCCCGUCUCUUCCUCUCAUCCCCAACCUGCCCUAUGCUCCUCAGUUCCUUUCCCCUUCUGGAAGACAAAACACCAUCCUCCCUUGUCAGGACCUGCAAUUUGCAAUGUUUAAGACUCUCUUUGCCUCAGCCCAUUCUGGCUGGGGUUGGGGAGGGCAAGGGUAGAGGAGACUUCUCCCCCAAUGUCUUUAUUUUCUUUUUUUUCCCUUGGACCCAAACUUUUUUUCUGUUCCUUCCCCACUUCAACCCCAACUGCCCCUCCCCAUCUCUCCUUGGUUGUCAAUUCUUUUUCUUUUUGUCUCACUCACUAAUUGUUUUGGUUUCUGUUCCUUCCCAGACUCCCCCAGGAACUUGGGUUCCUACAAUUCCUCCCCUCUCCUCCACCCCCUUCAUCUUCCCUCCCAGGGGUGUGGGGUAGGGGUGGAGGGGUUAGGAGUGGGCUAGGGGUGGAGAAGAUCAAUAAAGAAACCACCAACUUAA